CUGAGCCUGCUUUCUCGUCCAACUCGCGUCAGGGAGCUUCAAAGCUGAGACCCGCAACCCCACGCUGGAAUGACAUACUGCCAACACUAGUGGAGCUUCCAUCAGCCUAUCGUUCCUCAGCAGAAGGGUCGUUUCGUUUAGGAAACAAAAAGGAGAAAGCGACUUAAAACCGUUUAUUUUGGUUUUUUGUCGGUUGAGGAGAGUAGAUGAGUCAAUGGCCGGGGCUCAGCCAGGAGUUCACGCGCUGCAGCUCAAGCCGGUGUCCGUGAGCGAGAGCCUGAGAAAGGGCAGCAAAUUCAUGAAGUGGGAUGAUGACUCCACUACGGUGACCCCUGUGACCUUACGAGUCGACCCCCAGGGCUACUUCCUGUACUGGACUGACCAGAACAAGGACACGGAUCUCCUGGACAUCGCCUAUAUCAAGGACGCCAGGAACGGAAAAUGCACCAAAACGCAAAGGACAUGAAGCUAAGAGAGCUGCUGGACGUGAGCACCCUGGUGGGGAAGAUGGAGAACAGGAUGCUGACGGUGGUGAGCGGACCAGACAUGGUCAACAUCACAUACCUCAACUUCAUGGCCUUCCAGGAGGAGAUCGCAAAGGAGUGGGCUGAAGAGUUGUUUGGCCUGGCGUCUAACCUACUGGCCCAGAACAUGUCCAGAGAAGCAUGCCUGGAGAAAGCAUACACACGGCUGAAGCUACAGCUCAGCUCAGAGGGAUGCAUCCCUAUCUUCAGGAUGUUCUCGGCAGACAGGAAACGAGUGGAGACAGCUCUGGAGAACUGCAACCUCCCUUCUGGACGGAGUGACUCCGUCCCUCAAGAGGACUUCACUCCGGAGGUCUACAAAGUGUUCCUCACCAACAUAUGUCCUCGACCAGAACUAGACAACAUCUUCUCUGACGUUGGAGCUAAAAGCAAACCCUACCUGACAGUGGAGCAGCUGACUGAGUCAGAUCUCAGUGGAGGGCUUCGCCAAGUAUCUGAGUAGUGAAGAGAACAGCAUCAUCCCACCAGAGAAGCUGGACCAGAGUGAAGACAUGACCUUACCGCUGUCUCAUUACUUCAUCAACUCCUCCCACAACACAUACCUCACAGGAAGUGAUUGAGGCCAUAGCAGAGUGUGCCUUCAAGACCUCCCCUUUCCCUGUCAUCCUCUCCUUUGAGAACCACGUGGACUCGUAA